GACGCGAGGCGGUCGCCCGACGCGACCGAACGAACAAAAUUUCUCUCGCCCGAGAGUAGUUAAAUGGUUAAAUCGAAAUCUGUGCCUGUGCUGUUUAAAAAGUGUAUGUGUCAAUGCGGUACCACCCCAAACUCGACCGGAACUCGAAGUUGUAAUCUCGUGACGGGAAAUGCAUGUUUUGCAGCCUCCAUUGGAAAGUGCAUUGCAGUGUCACACGAUAUGCGUUCGAGUUGGAAAAUUGAUGAUGCCGAAUCAGCUAAUUCGAUCAAGUUGGAGAGCGUGUUGGGGCUGACAGUCGGCAGCAAUGCGGCGCUCGACUGCGACCCCAACACCGAGGUGGUGGCUUAUCCUGCAGGAUGCACAGUGGUCCUGUACAACGUCAGGAAGAACAGGCAGUCCCAUGUUCUCAAUGCGUCAAGGAAGAGUGUCACGUGUGUUGCCUUCUCUCCCGACGGAAGGUUUCUGGCUACGGGGGAGUGCGGACACGCGCCCGCCGUGCGGGUGUGGGAUCUACAGAUAACACCAUCUAUUGGUGAAAACGCCAUCUGUCGGUGGUCCUAUGUACUAAAUGCUGGGAUGAGCGUCACGUGUGUCGCCUUCUCUCCCGACGGAAGGUUCCUGGCUACGGGGGAAUGCGGACACGCGCCCGCUGUGCGGGUGUGGGAUCUACAGGAUCCGACAGCGUCUGGUGCCGUACAAAUAGGGGAAUUCCCGGGUCACACGCAUGGAGUCAGCUGUGUGGCGUUUUCCACGUCGUCCAAGUAUCUAGUCUCGGUUGGGUCGCAGCACGAUAUGAUCGUCAAUGUGUGGGACUGGCGAGCCAACCUGAAACUGGCCAGUAAUAAAGUGUCAUCUCGCGUGAAGGCUGUCAGUUUUUCUGAGAGCGGAAACUAUUUUGUCACCGUUGGCUUUAGGCAUGUCAAGUUUUGGUAUUUGGAGUACUCGAGAAGUGCUAAGUUCAAAGAACCAGUGCCUCUUAUGGGUCGGUCGGCCAUCUUGGGAGAGCAGAAAGACAACGAGUUCUGCGAUGUAGUCUGUGGUCGAGGAGCGGCGAGCGAUAGCACGUAUGCCAUUACUAGAGGAGGGCUGCUGUGUGAAUUUAACAGCAGAAGGUUGCUGGACAAGUGGGUGGAGCUUAGGACAUCUUCAGCUAACUGCAUGGCCAUCGGUUCGAACUACAUCUUCGUUGGAUGCGCGGAAGGAAUCGUGCGAGUUUUCGCGCCGGAUUCACUGCGCUACGUCACAACGUUGCCCAGAACACAUUACUUAGGCGUAGACGUCGCCCAGGGAACAAAUAUCAGCCAUAUGUUCAACCAGCCUCCAAACGCGAGGUAUCCAGACGCGGUUGCUCUUACAUACGACGAACGAAACCACAAGCUGACGUGUGUGUACAACGACCACAGCUUGUAUGUGUGGGACGUCAGAGAUAUCAAGCGGGAACUUUGCAAAGUGCUGUACAUUGACCCCGAGCUGAAGUUCCUGAAGGACGUGGAUCUGACGGCGACGAAUGAGAAGGACAAAGCAAAGUCGUACGACGAUAAGACUGGCGUUCGAUGCGUCCGCGUAUCCCCGGACGGCCAGCACAUCGCGUCCGGCGACCGGGCCGGCAACAUCUGGGUGCACUCGGCCUCCGGGGCCCUCUUACGGACUCUGGAGGCUCACGACGCGGAGGUCCUGUGCCUGGAGUACGCCGCCACGCCGCGCCUGCUGGCCUCGGCGUCGCGGGACCGGCUCAUACACGUGUUCCGCGCGGACCAGGGCUACCAGAUCCUGCAGACCCUGGACGAGCAUUCGUCUUCCAUCACGGCGGUGCGGUUUCUGAACGCGGGAGGCGGUUUGCAAAUGGUCUCGUGUGGCGCGGACAAGACUAUACUCUUCCGACAGCUUAGAACGACGUCCGACGGUAGUUACCAAUUCGCGCGGGGUCAGAACGUGUCGGGACGAACUACUCUAUACGAUAUGGAGGUGGACGCGGGAGGCAGGCAUAUACUCACCGCUUGUCAGGACCGCAAUGUUCGAGUUUACAGCGCAGUGCAAGGCAGACACACCAAAACGUUUAGAGGCACCACGGCUGAAGAUGGAACGCUUAUAAAGGUGGCACUAGACAACAGUGGCAUCUACCUAGCCACCUCCAGCACAGACAAGAUACUCAGCGUGUAUGACUACUACUCUGGAGAGUGUAUGGCCACCAUGUAUGGUCACUCGGAGAUCGUCACGGGGCUCAAAUUCACUCCUGACUGCCAGCACUUGGUCUCAGCAUCAGGAGAUGGUUGCAUCUUCGUGUGGAGGGUGCCCCAUGAUAUGGUGGUCACCAUGAGAGCCAGACUUGCUCAACAGGCUAUUAGGCAGGGCAAGAAAGUACCAGCGUCCAACGGCAUGUCAGGUCUUGAGAGUGAAAGCGAAUCUCAUCUCGGAUCGCCACCGCGAGAGUUACCGUAUGAAGAGAAACAGUUCACCACUCCCGUGGUUCCUGACUACACGUUAAGGAUAGGCCGCCUCCCGUCCUGGGCUAAGAAGAGUUUAGGCGACGAACUGGUCGCCCCAGAGACGCCUGCCCCCGACCCCCCGGCCCGGGGCAAAUGGGCUACCAGGAUACACCCCACCGCAGAGAAACGCGAUUCGGACGGCUCUAAAGACAGCUCUUUAGACAGUGGCACGGAUACGCGGUACAUCGAGAAACGGCAACAGAGCGCUAAGCAGAGGCCGAAAUCGCUCAACUUGAGCCAGCUGCCACGAGUCGAGGCUCUGUUCCGCCAUUUUGACGCCACGAUGCGGAAAACUUAUGACAUUUUGACGAUAUCUCCGAGAGUUGAGAAGGUAACGAUAAAUUUGUCCAAAACACGGACGACGGAGAGUCGAACUCGGCACCACACGGACGAUUCUUCUCUCGGCAGCUUUAAGUAUGAGGACCAAGAGUCCACAGAGCAUGACGGUGACAUCGAAGACAUCUCUGACGGCGAGAGGACAUCAUCUUCCGAGCGAGGGAACCGGACCAUGUACUAUCCUGGGAACAACGAUGAGGACACGCCUGGGGAGUUCAUGGUGAACGCAAUGGACGCCGAAGAGCUCCGGCAGUCGGUGCGCCGCUCAAAACGCUGGCAGGCCACCGGCUCGCCGCGGCUCGAGCUCCCGCCCGGCGGCACCUCGCUGUCCGGCUCCGGACACGACUCGGACGACGAUGAGCUACCUCCCGGCGGCACCUCGCUGUCCGGCUCCGGACACGACUCGGACGAUGACGAGGUGUCAACCCCGUCCGGUGACAAUGCGGAACGUAACCCGUUAUCGGGUUCGUGCGAGUCGCUGGACACGGCGGGCCGCCGUGAGAAGUACAUCAAGUCGGCGUACGAUAGCUUGUGUGCUGACGGGGACAACGAUCAUAAUAUAGGCAACAACUCGCUCUCCUCCAAGCACUUGUCCCGCGCGCCGCCCGCCCCCCCGCGCGCCGCGCCCUCCCCCGCGCCUCGUACUCCGUCCAAGACGCAAGACCCUGAAGCGGCGAGGCGGAGGGAGGAGCUACACAGGCGCAUACUGGAGACAAGAAGGCAGCUGGAGAGCGUGGCAAGAUGGAGGGAGAAACUACAAAGGCACAUACUGGAGACCAGGAGGCAGCUGGAGAGCGUGAGUAGACUUCUAGUAAUCACUUGUCCCGCGCGCCGCCCGCCCCCCCCGCGCGCCGCGCCCUCCCCCGCGCCUCGUACUCCGUCCAAGACGCAAGACCCUGAAGCGGCCAGGCGGAGGGAGGAGCUACACAGGCGCAUACUGGAGACAAGAAGACAACUGGAGAGCCACUUGUCCCGCGCGCCGCCCGCCCCCCCGCGCGCCGCGCCCUCCCCCGCGCCUCGUACUCCGUCCAAGACGCAAGACCCUGAAGCGGCGAGGCGGAGGGAGGAGCUACACAGGCGCAUACUGGAGACCAGGCGGCAGCUGGAGAGCACGUGUGCUAAGAUGGUCGACCCGGAGGCGGCGAGACGAAGGGAAGAAUUACACAGGCGCAUACUGGAGACCAGGAGGCAGCUGGAGAGCGUGGCAUUCCGUUCGAACCUCAAAUCGAGCCAGUCCACCCACGACCUUUCCUACAUCCCAGAGAAAGACGGCUCGAGGCGCGCGAGACCCGUCUCCAUGGCCGUGCCGAGCAAUUCACGACCUUAUGGACAUAACCCCCCCUGUCCAGAAGAGAAUCUGGACAGUCUGAAUUCUAACUACUUCGAUAGUUUGAAUCCGUUCCAAAACGUGGACUAUCGACAGAAGAACCCUUACGCUAUCCCCGCAAAUCUAAACAAACUCAUCCCCGAUUAUAUCGACAAUCCCCCGUAUGUCCCUCCCCACGCAAACAUACCUCAAUCUAGCAACGAUAAAAGAACUAUGAACUUUACUCCUUACGGAAUAAAGCCUAUGAUUUUCAAAGACCAAUUGCCGCAGAAACAAAAUCUGGCCUUUACUAUUGAUAUGGGCAAAAAACCAGUUCAGUCCAAAGUGUUCAAUAGACUGUUCCCAAAUGUAGAAGAAAAGGAACCACCACCAAAAGUACCGCCUAGAAAUUUCCAUUUGAAUCUAACUAAGCCAGAUGAAAAACCACAGACGAAACCUAAACCGAAUCGUAGUAUAUUUAAGAAUUAUAAGUCUUGUCCAGUCUCCCCAGUCUCUGAAGAAUGCAAAUGGGCUGACAAAGUAGCUCAAAGCAACCAAAAUCAAGGUAAACCCAAUCAAAGACCACAAACGCACUCUUUGGAUCCUAAAAAGAGAAACUCGCUAUCUUUCUUUGUUGGUCUCGAUAAUAAAUCUUUGAAAGACAACGGCAAAAGUAUCGUAGAUACAAUAAAAAGUGACACAGAGAAAAUGAUAGCAGAAAUCACUAAAAAGUACGGUGAUUUAGACGAAUAUGAACCUAAUAAUCUAGGUGAUUUAGACUUGAAACCAACUAAAGAAGUUGAAGAAAAAGACGACGGUAAUUUCUCGUCUGAUUCGCUAGAAGAUUGUAGUCUAAGUCAGGAUGCUAGUUGCAAAAACAAAUUGUACUCCAAAAAGGUUUGCAAAAAGCACAAUAAGGGUAAACCGCGAAGAGCUAUAUCGAAUUACGAAAUAUACGCAGGUGAAAAACCCGCAGUACCGGCCAAACCUGCUAAUAUUAAUCAGAAAAGUUCCACUUUGCCAAGGAAUAUGCCGUCCAAUCUUGAUGAUAUUCUGGACGAAGAUUCCAUGAAUUACAACUACUCUAAUAUGUAUAGAUGCCAAAGUGUGUUAACAAAACGAUGUGUGACCAGAUCGAACGAAUCAGUGUUGAGCGAUAAUUCAAAUUGCUCGAGCGUUUCAAACGAAAUAUUUCUCAAAUACGGCAACGAAGUAGCCUUCCAACAAGCCAAAUUUUGCGAUAGUAGAUACAAUCUGAAUGACUCACAAAACUGUUCGUAUGAAAACAUAAAUGAUGCCAAUUAUUUAGAGAAUCACAGACACAGUAGUGCUAGCUUCUUUUUGAACCAGAAGAAGUACAUGAAAUCUAGUUGCAGUCAGGAAUCUGUCCUCUCCGAUGAAAUGUAUUUGGAUAACGACAAUCAGUUGUCCAGGACUAAUUGUAAUUCACUAGAAAGCGUGCUAUCAGAUGAUUCCGAAUGCACUAAAAGUGCGCCUCUAGAAAUGCUAUUCGAAGGCACCAAACUGAAAAGACUCCAAAGAACUCAAACAAGUAUUCCAAGAAACAGUAAGAGUUGCUAUGAAUUCGAAAACACAUCGAAGAGCUACGGAUCAAGUCCUAAUGACGCUCCACACUUCCCUGGUUACAUGUAUAACAACUACUUCGAAGGGACUAGUCCAAAUUACAAAAAUCAACCAGCUAGUAUAAGUCCAAAGCCUCCAGCUCCAACCAGUAAAGUAUACGGAUUCGAUGUCCCAACUGCCGAAUAUUCCGGUCACAAAACUGUGACCAGAUCGCGAAGUCUAUACGAUUCGUCAUCGAAACAGCCUCCUCCUGCGAAGAAUAUUGCGUAUUAUUUCGACGGAAAUAAUGUACAGCAGUAUACUAAAGAAAAUAAGGCUAGCGAUGAGAUUCCAAGACUCAAUACGACAGACUACGCUGCUAAUACUAAAUCUUUACAACCCAAAAGUGAAAAACAUAAGUACAAAAGUGAGAUGGCUGGUUGUGAGCAGAGCGCUAUGGUUAAAUCAAAGAGUUGCAGCUUCGAAGUGGUUCUAGAACCCGCGUCAAAACCAAAUCCACUGAAGAAUUUGAUGGAGAAACGCAACUCGCACGUGCAAAAGAAUUUAGAGAAAUUUGAAGAGCAAAUUCGUAAAAACACUCAAACGAAAACUAGCAAAAAUCAGCAGAAUAAAGAGAAAGCUAACGGUGCCAAAUAUAACAAUACAACGAAAAGUCUGGAGAGAGGCUCACAGAAAAAUAAUAACGUUAAGAUUACUAUGGAGUUUGUUCCGCACAAACCUCCGAAACCAAUCAAAAGGACGUCGUCUGUCAAAAUUAAUAACAGACUUAAAGCUGGCUUGGAUAAGGCAGCGCUUAGUUCUUCCAUAUCAUCCCAGUAUAAGGCCAAAUUAGACGGACUCCAGAAUAAAAAUUACUUAGCAAAUCAACAACAAGAAGACAAAAAUUCUAACCAAGUAGAUCCUUCAGAUAGCACUGAGAAAUCGUUUGAUGUUUUCGUUAAAGAAAAAGACGUCAAUGAAAAUAAAUCUGAAAUUCAAAUGGAUAGCUUAGAAGUGUAUGCUAUGCAAAGAAUGGAACGGAUGAAACAAGUCAGCAUGGAUUCUUUAGAUGUCAUUGAAGAUACUAAUGAUUUCGCUAAGGAUUCUUUAGAUUACUACGCAGAGCAAGACAAUAAGUUUGCUUACAAGUCUAAGAAAGAUCAAAUCAAUUCUAGGCUGUCUAGAAAUGACAAAGAUGUAUCUGUGCCUUGUCACAGCCGUAACGUAGAAGCCAAAGAGAAUAUAGCGCCUGAGAGUGACGACAUAAAACAGUAUAAGAACAUCGAAAGAAAGAUCGAGAUUAUUAAUAAACUAGUUGAGAUGGAAGAACGAAAGAUUUUACAAGAGAAAAUACUAAAGGAGUGGCGUAUGAGACCUUUGAAAGCAAACAUAAACGAUGGUACAGGUGUAGUCAAAGUUUUGUCCAGAAAAUUCGAGAAGCUAGCAACGAAGCAGACUACAGUUCCUAACUUUGCGUCUCUAACUUUAGAAGAAGCAGACACAGAUACGGAAACUAAUUCAGAAAAUAAAGAAAUAAAGCGCAAUCUAAGUCUUCCAGAUAUUUUAGAUUCUGAACAAAUCGGAGGUUUAGUUACUGUAGAAGGGAUAGAAGUUUCCAACGAAGCGGGGAAUCCCAAUCCGGAACCCGACGACACUGAAGUAAAACUUAAUAACGCAGUCAAAACGGAUUUGAACGCACCAAAGUGUCUCAAGCAAAGAGUGUACAACGAAAUGGUAAUACCGAAGACAGACGUCCAUUUAGAUAGCGAGAAUUACGAAUCUUCUACUACUAGUUCGAGUUGUACGAAUUCGCCGAAACGCAUGUCGAUAUACGGUUUCAAUCGCGCGAAAACCCCUUUUAGGAAAAUUAUAAGGGGUCCCACCCCUAGAUUGUGUAUGGAAAAUCGAAUUCAUGAACCGUCUAUGGGCAGAAUCCGUCCCGUAAUAUAUUCAGGGGGUAUCGUAAGGGGGUCAUGUCUGGCCAAAAGACUCCCGUUCCAACCUCCGAUGCUACCGUCAAAAUUCACACCGCAAGGUUGGCAACGCAUGUUUUAAAAAGAUAAAUGUCGUUUCGGUUGCGCUUUUGCGAGGCAUCGUAUUAUUUUUUAAUAGUGACGCGCUUAAAGUCUAUCGAUACUAUUGUAGAUUUAUACCGAUUACCGUUAAUGAGUUAAAAAAAUACUGAAAUAAA